GGAAGGGAAGGAGGGAGGCCGGUCCAGGAGAAGGGCAAAACACCCGCCCGCCCGCCGCUCUCUGCGCCUUCCGCCGCGGAAGAUGUCCGAGAGCGCCAGCGACAGCGACUCUUCCUGCGGGUGGACCGUCAUCGGCCGAGAGGGCUCCGAUGCUGAAGCCGAAGAAGGCCUCCAUCUCCUCGGCCCCUCCGAGGAGACACCGCCGCCUCUCCUGCAAGGAAGUGACCCUCGCCACCAGCAGAAGCAGGACCCGGCCACGGACCCAGAAGCUGAAUUUGGCCACGAAGAUGUCUCAGUCAUAGCAGACCAGAGUCACUCGGAGAUCGCCAAGACCGUCCCAGAGGAUGAGAAAGGAAAAUUGCCGGAUGACAAUACCUGCGUGGGGGCUAUUAGCGACGACUCAGACAUCGUGACACUGGAAGCACCAAAGGUAGAAGAAAUCGGAAGCGAAAUCGGAAGCCAUGAAGGGCUUGUGCCUUGUGGGGACGAGGAGCCCUCAGCCUCUGAAGACUUCAACAUGGGCUCUUCCUCCAGCAGCCAGUACACCUUUUGCCAGCCAGAAACAGCCUGUUGGUUGAAGAUGCUGUGGAAGAUCCUGGUGUGUGUAAGUGGAUGGGUCUUCCCAUCACAGCUGAGUGGUGAAGAGUCAAGCAGCGAUGAAACCAGCAACCGCUCCAGCCCUGCCCUCAGGCGCCGGCGGGCCAAGAAGAAACUCAUCUCAAGUUCUGAAUCGGAGGAUGUGCCGCCGCGGGAGCAGGAAACUGAGCCAGUCAAGCAUCCAUCUCCCAAGCAUCAGUUCAGCAGUGGCCUUAACAGAUGCAUCAUCCUGGCACUGGUGAUUGCAGUCAGCAUGGGCGUUGGACAUUUUUAUGGGAUCCUUGAAGGUACCGUUCAGAUCCAAGAACGUCAGCAGCUGGUUGAGAAGACACAUGAAGAUGAACUGAAUGGUAUGAAGGACAGCCUGAUUCAGUGCCAAGAGGAACAAGGAAGUAAAACCGAGUGCAAGUCUCUAAAGGAAGGCUUGGCAGCAUGCUUGCUGAUGACAGAGAUGGAGAAGAAAUCCUUUGAGUCCCAGAAGGACCACCUGGCAUCAGAGAACCUUCACUUGAGGGAAUCUUUACAGAAAGAGGAGAAGGCAUUGGCUGUGUUGCAAGAAGAACUAAGGAAGCUCCGGGAACAGAUAAGGCACUUGGAAAACAAAGGCCUCGAGUCUCCAGUUGCCACUGAAAACCAGAAGUUGAAAGUCCAUUUGGAAGAGGAAAAGCAUCGCAUGCAGAGUUUUGUGAAACAGAAGGAGACACUACUGGCUGAGGCACAGAUGCUGCGGAGGGAACUGGACAAAGAGUGUCAGCUGACCAUGGCUCUUCGGGAAGAACUGGAGAAGCUGAGUGCUCACCAGGCGGCUCCGGAGGCAGGGGCAGGGAAGGGUCUGCCAGAGAACCAGGAGAUAGAAAUUCUGCGGGGAAGGUUGACCGAGCUGGAAAAGAAGCUCAGCUUUGAGCAGCAGCGGUCGGACCUGUGGGAGAAGCUGUAUGUAGAGGCCAAGGAUCAUGCUGAGAAGCAAGGGCAAGCAGGCAAAGCACAGCAGCCAGCUGGAAAGGGGACAGGCAAGGCCAGAACGAAGCCAAAAGCAACCUUUUUUGGCUCAAUGAAAGAGACUUUUGAUGCCAUGAAGAACUCCACAAAGGAAUUUGUGAGGCACCACAAAGAGAAAAUCAAACAGGCCAAAGAAGCUGUGAAGGAGAACUUGAGAAAGUUCUCAGAUUCUGUAAAGUCCACCUUCAGACACUUCAAGGACACGACCCAAAAUAUCUUUGAAGAGGGAGAGAAGAAAUGGUAUGCUGGGAAACGGCAGGAGACUGGCCGGGAAAGGAAAACGGCAAGCCGUUCCCACGAGGGUCCACACCACCGGGCCCCUGGGGGCCAGAGGGAGCGGGGUGAGGGAAGGCGAGCCAAGGAUCCCACUGCCCCCAGGUGCCUCAAGCGCCCCACUUACAACAGGAAGACUCGCAUGGCCCACAAGGGCUGCACAGGGAUUUUUGACUGUGCCCACCAAGAGUUUGUCAGCCUCUUUGACAAAGUCCUGGACCCAAUUCGGGCUGAUGAAUUUAACCAGUUAAUGCACAAGUACUUGCAGCAAGAAGUAGACAACUUCCAUCACUGGAGGGAACUGGAGGGUUUUAUGAACCAGUUUUUCUGCAAUGGUGUUUUCAUCCAUGAUCAAAUGCUGUUCACAGACUUUGUUAAUGACAUUAAAGAUUAUCUAGAAGACAUCAAAGAGUACCAUGGGAACAGCGACAGAGCGUUUGAAGACUUAGAUAAAUACAUCUACCAAUAUUACUUCCACUAUGAACCAGCUCCUCAAUAUGGACCCAGCCACCCUGCCUUACCUUUCAUGCAGAUUCAAAGUGGCCCACAAAAAAGACAUGUGCCGAAGCACCAACAGCGCUUCAAGAGAGAAGGCCGGUGGCAUAAACAAGGGCGCGCCAACGGGAGACACACAGCAAACCUGGAGAUAGAAGUGGGUCAAAUGCCCUUCCAGGCAAAGUACUAAACAGCCCUUUUUGUCAGGAGCCCAGUGAGAGGAAGGCAAAGACAUGACCCUCUGUGUGGGGAAGCAGCUGAUGCUCUCCUCUGAACCACCCAGGGCACACUCCCCCCCAACCCACCUCUCUGCUCUGGGGAGACGCAGCUCUACUAUUGCAAUAAAUGAACUGGGUGAGCAGUAGCUUGUGUGUGUGUUCGUAAAAUAAGCUUCUUUGCCCUUGUGAUCCAGAUGCAGAGUAAUACUUCAGUGUACUAACUUCAUCUCAUGCCAGUCAGAAGCCCGUCUGUUUUAACCUGCUUACUUAAUCUUUUUGUGGUGGUGCUGGAGUGGAACCUGUUGAUUCGCUCGCUUCUUCUGUGCUGCUUUCUGAUCAGCUUGCUGACUUGCAUUUGAAUUUUCUUGCACAUCUAUUUCCAAAUGGUAGAAGAAGAAUAAAGAUGUGGUUGGAAAAAAA